GAUGCCUUUACUGAAGUAUUCGAAGCAGAUCCUUGUGUAGUUGACCUCAAAAGAAAAGGGUCUAUGUAUUAUAUGUUAUUAUGCAACUUAUUGAUGUCGGGUCAUGUUCGAGUCCCACAAAUCGUUGCUACUGGCACUAAGGUUUUUCAAUCACGAUUAAAGAUGAUUAUGGAUGCCUCACUCAAUGCUUCUCGACAGGAUACUUUGUCAUCUACAGCUAAAUUCGACUCCUUGGAAUUUGCAUUAUUUCGGAUAGGUCAAACAGACAGAUUACAAUUCGAACGUUGGAUUUCACGCCAUCAUGAAAAGAUUGAAGCUUUAAAGAAAGUUCGACCUGUAUUUGUGAAAUAG